AUGAAACUCUUACAUUCUCCAGUCUUUCGUUCAGUCUAUUCGAAAUCAUUUUCUACGUCCCGGGAAAUGGCGGUAUCCAACGAGGUCCUAAACAUCAUCGAAAGAGUGGAUCCACUGGAACCAGCACUUGACAAACUAGUUCGUUUCCUGUGUCCUAAUAUUAUAUCUUUUAUUCUUGAAGAAAAACGAAAGAAUCCUGAACUGAGUUUUCGAUUUUUCAUCUGGGCUGCAAAACGAAAGCGAUUUCAGAGCUGGGUUCCGAAAAAUUUAAUCGGCGAUAUGCUUGCAAAAGAUGGUGGUUUCGAUUUAUACUGGCAUGUUCUAGAUAAACUUAAGAUUUCCGGUAUACCCAUAGCUUCUAACGCUUUUGCAGCUUUGAUUUGGGGUUAUUGGAAGGUAAAUAAGGCAGAAAAGGCUGUUGAGGCUUUUGGUAGAAUGAAAGAUUUUGAUUGUAAACCUAAUAUAUAUACCUACAAUAUGAUUCUUCAUAUUGCGGUUCAAAAAGAUGCUAUUUUGUUAGCUUUAGCCGUGUAUAAUGUGAUGUUGAAGUUGAAUUCGCAGCCCAAUAGUUCUACUUUUAGCAUUUUGAUUGAUGGGUUGUGUAAGAGUGGCAGGACUCAUGAUGCUCUCGCACUAUUUGAUGAAAUGACUGAAAGAGGUGUAUUGCCUAGUAAGAUUACCUAUACGGUUAUUUUAUCAGGGUUAUGUCAGGCUAAGAGAACUGAUGAUGCAUAUAGGCUGCUUAAUGUGAUGAAGACCAGAGGAUGUAGGCCGGAUUUUGUUACUUACAAUGCCUUGCUUAAUGGAUUUUGUAAACUAGGUAGGGUUGAUGAAACACAUGCACUUCUUAGGUCUUUCGAAAAUGAAGGUUAUCUUAUGGAUAUAAAGGGAUAUACAUGUCUGAUUGAUGGUUUUGUUAGAACCAAGAGAAUUGAUGAAGCACAAUCUGUCUUUAAAAAAUUGUUCGAAAAGAAUGUGGUUCCUGAUGUUGUAUUGUACACAACUAUGAUUCGGGGUUUAUCCGGUGCAGGUAGGGUGAAAGAGGCAUUGAGUUUGUUAAGAGAUAUGACAGGGAGAGGUGUGCAACCAGACACGCAGUGUUAUAAUACUCUGAUCAAGGGCUUUUGUGAUAUGGGCAUCUUAGACCAAGCUCGUUCACUUCAGCUAGAAAUAUCAGAAAAUGAUUGCUUCCCAGACACCUAUACUUACUCUAUUGUUAUUUGUGGAAUGUGCAGAAAUGGCCUUGUGGAGGAGGCUAGGCAUAUUUUCAAUGAGAUGGAGAAGCUAGGAUGUUUUCCUUCUGUUGUAACUUUCAAUACUCUCAUUGAUGGUCUUUGUAAGGCCGGUGAGCUUGCGGAGGCUCAUCUAAUGUUUUACAAAAUGGAGAUAGGUAAAAACCCUUCGUUGUUUCUUCGUCUCUCUCAAGGUGCUGAUAGAGUCCUUGACAGUGUAAGCCUGCAAAAAAUGAUUGAGAAAUUGUGUGAAACAGGUAAGAUCCUUAAAGCUUACAAGCUUCUUAUGCAGUUGGCUGAUUGUGGAUUUGUACCAAAUAUAGUUACGUAUAAUAUUUUGAUCAAUGGAUUAUGCAAAUCAGGAAUAAUUAAUGGUGCUUUAAAGCUUUUUCAAGAGCUUCAAGUCAAGGGGCAUUUCCCCGAUUCAAUUACAUAUGGGACACUUAUUGAUGGUCUCCAAAGGGUUGGCAGGGUAGAUGAAUCUUUUAAACUCUUUGACCAAAUGAGCAAGAAUGGCUGCAUGCCGAGUGCAGAGGUCUACAAGUCCCUUAUGACUUGGUCCUGUAGGAGGGGACAGAUCUCUAUUGCGUUUAGCCUUUGGUUUCAGUAUUUGAGAAACCAUGCUGUUCGAGAUGGCGAAGCGAUAGGAUUAAUUGAGAAACACUUAGAGAAAGGUGAUCUGGAAAAAGUAGUUAGAGGGUUGCUUGAGAUUGACCUAAAAAGGGUAGACUUUGAUUCAUCACCUUACAACAUUUGGUUGAUUGGGAUGUGUCAGGAAUGCAAGCCACACGAGGCUUUGAAGAUUUUUUCCUUACUUGUGGAGUUUCAUGUCAUGGUUUCAGCCCCAAGUUGUGUAAUGUUGAUUCAUAGUCUUUGUGAGGAAGGAAACUUGGAUCAAGCAGUUGAGGUCUUCCUAUAUACUUUGGAGAGAGGUGUCCGCUUGAUGCCACAAAUUUGCAACAAAUUGCUUCAGUCCCUUCUCCGUUCUCAAGAUAAAGCACAGCAUGCUUUUGGUCUCUUGGAAAGAAUGAGAUCUACGGGCUACAACUUAGAUGACUAUCUUCAUCGUGGUACAAGAUCUCUUUUUCGGCAAUGAAACGGGAGGGGAACAGAGAAUCUAUCACAUGGAUAAUGUUGCUUCUCAGUUUUAUCAGGAGAAUCCAUCACAUUGAUAAGGUCACAUGGACAUUGCCAAUGGAAAUAAAAUCUCUGGAAAUUCUUCUGUUGGGGUUCAUGGUAGCCUAUAUGCUGAUCUUAAGGACAUCCUUGAGACAUGGAGGCUAAAGAUACCAAAUGAGUGGGAUA